CGCCCGAUUCCCGAAGCCUUCCACCUCACCGCUACGCCGGCCGGCGUGUGCCCGGCUCUUCUCGCUCCGGCCGGCCCGCCCGACCAAACAAGCGAGCAGCCAGCGGCGGCCACCGCCAGCCAAGCCAAGCCGGCAUGGCCUUCCUCUUCAACAGGUUCCAAGAGGCCGUCAAAACACUUGCCAAGAAUCCAAUGUUUGCUAAGAGUCCAAUUUUUGCACGAGAUCCAAGGCACCUUCAGUUCGAAGCUGAUGUAAAUCGUUUAUUUCUCUACACCAGCUAUUACCGUUUGGGGGAUAAUGCUGAAGAGAAGGAUGCAGAGGAGAUUAUUGAUAUGGCUAGCAAAGCUUCUGUUUCUGAGCAGCAGAAGCAAGUGCAGGAGAAUGUUCACUAUCAACUUACAAAUAUGUGCCAAGCAAUGGAUAGCAUUCUUCUUCCUGAUACAAAAAAUGGUGCUCCAGAAGCUAAUAAUCAUCCUCGACGUAGUGGAUUGAGUUUCGCUGUUGGCACAGAGGUUGCAUCUGCAAACAAGCCAGAUGUCCCUGCUACCAGGCCUUUAACUCGCACUGAAUUGUCAAAUAAAUUUAGGGAUCACUUUCAAUACACCCUUGACAUCAGGCCUUCACAAAUUCCUCACAAAGAUGCAGGGCAAGGUCUGUUCUUAUCUGGAGAAGCUAAUGCUGGUGCUGUCCUAGCCAUCUACCCUGGAUUAAUAUAUUCUCCUGCUUAUUAUCGAUAUAUCCCUGGAUACCCAAGAAUUGAUGCUUGCAACAACUAUCUGAUCACAAGGUAUGAUGGAACAAUAAUUGAUGCUAAACCAUGGCAAUUAGGUGGUGAUAGCAGAGAAAUAUGGUAUGGCUCAGAUUCGGUAGAUUACAAUGCAGCGCUACCCAAAAGCCAAGAGAGCAACUCUGACCGGGCAUGGAGGAUGCUCAGCAAGCCUCUGAAGAAGGGUCACAGUGAAAACUUCAGGGAAGUGCUUGAACGACGAAACCCACUCGCUUUUGGUCACUUCGCGAAUCAUCCACCAAAAGGGACAGCUCCCAAUGUCAUGAUCUGCCCAUAUGAUUUUCCGUUGACAGAGAAGGACAUGAGAGUCUACAUCCCUAACAUUACUUUUGGUGGUGAAGAAGAGCCCAUUACAAUGAAACGAUUUGGUUCAUUCUGGUUCAAGUCUGGGCGUUCUGGUAAUAAGGUUGGGGAGUCUCCAGUUCUGAAGACGCUAGUGCUGGUGAGUACAAGGUCCAUUUGUGAUGAAGAGCUCUUCCUGAACUACCGGUACAGCAACUCAAAGAAGCGACCAGAGUGGUAUACACCAGUUGAUGAAGAAGAGGAUAAGAGAAGAUGGAGCUAGUUUUGCACAUCUUAACUUUAACAAUUCUAACUUUUUUUGUUCUGGUUUCGACCCACAAAUUGCACCAGGGAGUGAGUAAACUCCUGAAUUAAGAUGACAAUUUUAUUUAUUAUGCUCCCCUGGACAUUAGUUAACAUUUUGGUAGAGUGCCUCCGGUAUACUGUCCUUACAAGGCUUUUGUAGCGCACAAGGAAUGGAAUACUAGUACAAACUACCAAUUACAUGGUCAUUGUCCUCGGAAUUAUGUAUUCUUCGUCCCAAUAAUCUCACAGGAAAAUAAUUCAACAAUGCUUAUGGAUCUAUUCCUGAUGAGGAGUCAUAUGCUGAAGUUUCACCCAGUUUGGUUAUCAGUUGCUAACUUGCUAUUGAAGUACUCAUUUAAAUACUUACAUGAAAGGUUCAAUAUUUUGUUUCCGAAAUUUGUACCUUAUCAUUGCAAUUGCUAUAAAUCAAUAUAAGUUUGUGCAUUGAAGGAAAAAGGAAUUCUGACAUUUUGCUGCCUUUUUUUUUUUCAUUCUUGUACAUGCAAGAAAGCAACUUGUGUUUCUGAUUGGAUUGAUUCACUA